GGGUGUGUGAUAUACUCAUGGACAACUGCUUCUACUAACACGGGUUAUACCACAAGAACAAACUGAGUAACAUUUUUCAUAAACCAUGUUUCGUUUUUUUUAAACAUUAAUCCCGGAAGUAACGACUAUCCUAGCGUCAUGUAAAUAUGGGGUAACUCAACUUUACCGACGCAUUCGUGUCCCUUUUGACAAGUUUUGCAAAACUGGAUUAGCAUAAGUUAACCUUAUGUGACAUAAUAACUUAACGUUACUCGUAUAACAGGACUCCAGUCGGUCUAACGCUACCGGGCAGGAAAAGCAAAGGGAGUUUUCAAAAGAGGACUGCUGAUAUGUUCACAAUUUGCAACUCUUACAGAGUAACGUUAACGUAACUUAACGUUAGUGUUGCUAACGUCACAUUACUCGUGUCGUAUUAGUCGCCAAUGGAAAGCUCAUCAAUGUUUGGUCUUCGUCUCUCACUAAAACAAAGAUAUUUUCUGCUGCUGUGUGUUGCUGUCGGAGCGAUACUUGCUUAUCAGUAUACAAGGAAUCGCGCUGAAGUAAGAACAAUGAGUCGCGUAGAGGGUCUGAAGGCCAACUCUUCUCAGUUCACUCUGGAGGGAAAGCCUUUCCGCAUCCUGGGGGGCUCCAUCCAUUACUUCCGUGUCCCCAGAGCCUACUGGGAGGACCGGCUGCUGAAGAUGAAGGCCUGUGGCCUCAAUACGCUCACAACGUAUGUGCCGUGGAACCUGCAUGAGCCUGAGCGAGGGGUGUUCAACUUUGAGGAUCAGCUGGAUUUAGAAGCCUACCUCGGCCUUGCAGCCAGCCUGGGCCUCUGGGUGAUUCUGCGUCCAGGGCCGUACAUCUGUGCUGAGUGGGAUUUAGGGGGACUACCCAGUUGGCUACUACGGGAUCACAACAUGAAACUGAGAACAACCUACCCAGGGUUCACUGAUGCAGUCAAAUCCUUCUUUAAUCACCUCAUUAGGAAAGUUGCUCCAUAUCAGUACUCCAAGGGUGGCCCAAUUAUUGCAGUUCAAGUGGAGAAUGAAUAUGGCUCCUUUGCUAAAGAUAAAGAGUACAUGCCUUUCAUCAAAGAGGCGUUAUUGUCAAGGGGCAUCACAGAGCUGCUGCUGACCUCAGACAACAAGGAAGGACUAAAGCUUGGAGGAGUGAAAGGAGCACUAGAAACCAUAAAUUUCCAGAAACUGAACCCCAAUGACAUCAAGUAUCUGGAUGGAAUACAACCUCAGAAGCCUAAGAUGGUGAUGGAGUACUGGUCUGGCUGGUUCGAUCUUUGGGGGGACCUUCAUCAUGUGUACACAGCUGAGGACAUGAUGCCUGUGGUCACAGAGAUCCUUAAACUGGACAUGUCCAUCAACCUCUACAUGUUCCAUGGAGGCACGAAUUUUGGCUUCAUGAGUGGGGCGUUUGCCGUCGGAAAACCAGCACCCAAGUCUAUGGUAACAAGCUAUGAUUACGAUGCUCCAUUAUCCGAGGCUGGGGAUUACACCACCAAGUACCAUCUUCUGAGGAAUUUAUUCAGCCUCUACCACACCCAGCCUCUCCCUGAGCUGCCCUCUCUUCAGGAGAGGAGAGCAUACCAGCCUGUUGUCAUCCAGCAGCACCUGUCUCUGUGGGACAGUCUGCAUUUCACUGACAAGGGGAAAAGAACUCUAAGUUUACUGGUGGAGAACUGUGGAAGAGUGAAUUAUGGGAAAACCCUGGACGAGCAGCGCAAAGGACUUGUUGGAGAUAUCGAGUUAAACAGGCGCAUCCUCCGAGACUUCAUUAUUCAUAGUCUGGAUAUGAAGCCAGGCUUUGUAAACAGACUUGAGAGUUCAGGCCACUGGAUGUCUCUGCGUCAUCGGCCCUCCUUCCCAGGUUUUUUCCAGACCAGACUCUAUGUGAACAGUUCUCCUAAAGACACCUUCAUCAAACUCCCUUCAUUGAUUCUGUUCACAGGGCUGGGGCAAAGGCGUAGUGUUUAUCAACGGCAAGAAUCUGGGACGCUACUGGUUCAUCGGUCCUCAGCAAACUCUCUAUGUCCCAGGUCCCUGGCUUCACAGAGGAGACAACAAGAUCACAGUGUUUGAAGAGCAGGAAACAGAUGGGAAGAUUCAGUUCGCUAGCAGCCCCGACUAUGGCAUGACUGUUGAUGUCCAGUGAGGGUGGAAGUGUGGAUGAGGAGAGGAGGAUUAUGGAAAAGUAGCUGGGGAGGACGUGAUUCAGGCGACUGCUGUGAGCUUCGUCUUCUGAGGCACUGAUGCCCGGCUACGACCAGCAGCACUCAAGAGUGACACAUGUCAGUGAGCAUGACAUUUUGUGUUAUAUCACAAGAUGCCAACACAGCAGUGAUCCAGGCUACUUUUUCAUUUCAUGACUGCAUUUAUGACAGUCUGUUGAAUCCUUUUUAUUCAAUUUAGUAACUGUAUCAUUAACCUGCACUCAUAUAGUACAUAAUUGGAGACCAAGGGACUGUGACAGAGAAUGAUCUUGAUUAUAAUAAAGUGUUAUAAAAUCUCUUCCUCUCACAGAAUUUAUAAAUUACAGGCUGUGUAAAAAGAACUGUGAAUAAAGGCUGGUUUGACCCCUUGUCAGUAGCUAAGGCCAAGGAAGCUUGUGAACUGCUUUAUUUAUCCUGCACACUAAGAGCCUGUUUGAUAUAACACUGGUUGGUUUUCAAAUUUACCUUCUUAUGAUAUGCUGUUAGCUCCUUCAGAGAGGUGAAGAUUACAAGCUGUGUUUGAAAACCAGCCUGGAUACCAUCACAAUUAUUUUCUAUAAAGGAAUAUUUCACCAUCGGCAACAUGGUAUAUUCAUAAAUGUGCAAAUAUUUUUUAAAUUGGUGCUACAUGACCAGAGAAAAUAGAGAAAAAUGGCUGUGGUAUUCCCUAAUACAGAGCCUAAAUCCCUCCCUUCAACUUUCGCCCCUUGGGACCUUAUUUCGGAACAAAUGUAAAUGUUAAGUUAGUCAACAGUGAGGCAACUAAUUUUGGAUCCCAUUUGUGCUGUGCCCUAACUUACACACAUGAUUUUUGUCAACUUAGAAGAUAAUUUUCUCUGUCAAGAAAGUGGCAGUUUGUUGUAAAGCAGUAAAGUGACAUUUUAUGAAACCGAUCAAUAAACUACAUCUCUUGUCUCACAAUAUACAUCAUCAACAUGUUAACGCUGUAAUGCUAGCUGUAUUGGUUGUCUGCUACUAGCUGAGUAAGUUAACUAUGUUCCUCGCACAAAUGUAUCUCCCCUGAUGUGUUUAAUCCAACGACUCCCAUGAACGUUAGCUUGCUGAUGUAUGUCCUAUUUAAAGUAUAAAGAGGCAAUGGAAUAUGAUCGAUAGUCUGACCUGACACUUGUCCAAAUGCUGGUUAAUGAUGUAAACUGGAAAGAUUUUAAAUGACAUUUAAUUAGAACAAUUAGAAUGACGUUGGGGAAGUUAGCAUAAUCUGAUGUUUCCUACUCAUUUUAAACAGCAUGAAUACUAAUAAGAUAUUUCUUUAUAUAUCGAUAUAUAAAUAAAUGCUUACAUUUACAAACUCCUAGCUCGCAGGUUUAAUAUAUAAUUUGGCUCCUUAAGCUGUUAUAUUUUUGUCAGUUAUGUCACAUUUACUAGCUAGCUAGCUAGCUUAAAACUGAUGUGACAGUAGCUUGUAAAACUCUUUACUAGAUAAGGUAUUCCUUUUGUGGUAUUGGUGCAGUGUAAACUAACAAGUUUGAAACUAGCUAGUCAUUAUGAAUAACUUAAGUACUUGACAAAUAAACUAGCUGCUGCAACCCAAUCCACCCAAUCAAUGUUGAAUUCCAGUAAAUAUCAAGGACCUUUACAAAUGCAUCACUUUGGACUCAAUGAGUGUAAUUUUUUUAAAUGCAUUUGUAGAAUUGUAUAUUUCUCACAUUUUAUAUCGUGGUGAGAUAUGCACUGUGUGCAACUGUAGCAUGAUCAUCAGUAUGCAUUAAAGCCUUUUCACCAUG